AUGUACCCUAACCGUCACCCUGGACCACACCAACCAGGCCAGCCUAUAAAAUUUACAGUAUCAGAAUCAUGUGAUCGUAUUAAAGAAGAAUUCAGUUUUCUCCAAGCCCAGUAUCACAAUUUAAAAAUGGAGUGUGAAAAACUGGCACAGGAGAAAACUGAAAUGCAGAGACACUACGUCAUGUAUUAUGAAAUGUCAUAUGGAUUAAAUGUUGAAAUGCAUAAACAGACUGAAAUAGCCAAGAGAUUAAAUGCCAUAUGUGCUCAAGUUAUCCCAUUUUUAUCCCAAGAGCAUCAGCAACAAGUGGCAGCAGCAGUGGAAAGAGCAAAACAAGUCACGAUGCAGGAAUUAAAUGCUGUUAUUGGUCAGAUGCAAGCACAGCAUUUACCACAUGCACAUGCUCCACCCAUACCUAUGACACCUCAUCCUGCAGGAUUACCUCCCCCUGGUGGUCUCUCGUCAGUACCUGGUGGAUCAGGAUUAUUAUCAUUGCCUCAUGGAUCAUUUCCAACACAUCCUCACAGUCUCAGUGCAUUGAAAGAUGGAAUUAGAAGAUCAGCAUCUCCAGCUGAAAGAGAAAAAUUCCGUCCUCGAAGUAGAUCACCGGAUGUCAGAAACAGUGGUGAACCUCCCAAAAAACGCAGACAAGAUGAAAAAGUAGAAGAUGAUGGAGAUAAAAGUGACCAAGAAUUAGUUGUUGAUGUUGGAGAGGAUAACACUUCACCAAUGAAUGGACACCGUGAAAUUUCACCACGACCUAAAGACAGUAAAGAUCCAGCACUAGUUCGUCAUAAAAAAGAAAUGAAUGAUAGAAGCAGUCCGCGAAGUGAUGCAUCAUCCCAUGCCAGUUCAGGUUCAGCCAAGGUGAAAGAGAAUGAUAAAUCUGUGACACCUGUAUCGAAACCUAAUACACCUACAAGUACUGGUAACAUAACACCUGGACCAUCAGUAGGUGGACCACCUAAUAAAGUGUACCCAUUUAUGCCUCACCCCACUCAUGGUACUCCUGGGGGCUUACCCUCUGAACUGAGUCCAAAUGGUUACCCACCCAAUGGUGUGAUGCAUAAUGGUAUUGGUGCAAGCCCUUUAAAUAAUUUUGGUCAAAGACACCCCAGCAUGCCAGGAGGUGGGGGAUAUGAUGGACCCUCCCAGCAUGAACACAUGAGACCCGCACUUGGCAACAUUCCAGGGGGCAAACCUGCAUAUUCUUUUCAUGUGAGUGGUGAUGGACAAAUACAGCCAGUUCCUUUUCCACCAGAUGCUUUGAUUGGUCCAGGAAUUCCAAGACAUGCUCGUCAAAUUAAUACUUUAAAUCAUGGGGAGGUUGUUUGUGCAGUGACAGUUAGUAACCCAACAAGACAUGUAUAUACUGGAGGAAAAGGUUGUGUUAAAGUUUGGGAUAUUAGUCAACCUGGAAAUAAAAGUCCUGUUUCUCAACUUGAUUGUUUACAAAGAGACAACUAUAUCAGAUCAAUAAAAUUAUUACAAGAUGGUCGAACAUUAAUCGUUGGUGGAGAAGCCAGUACAUUAUCAAUAUGGGAUUUAGCAGCUCCAACCCCCAGAAUAAAAGCAGAAUUAACAUCGAGUGCUCCAGCUUGUUAUGCUCUAGCUUUAAGUCCUGAUAAUAAAGUGUGUUUUAGUUGUUGUAGUGAUGGUAAUAUAGCUGUAUGGGAUUUACACAAUCAAACUUUAGUCAGACAAUUUCAAGGGCAUACAGAUGGAGCUAGUUGUAUUGAUAUAUCACCUGAUGGUAGUAAAUUAUGGACUGGAGGUUUAGAUAAUACAGUCAGAUCCUGGGAUUUAAGAGAGGGGAGACAACUCCAGCAACAUGAUUUUACUUCUCAGAUAUUUUCACUAGGAUAUUGUCCUACUGGUGACUGGCUAGCUGUAGGUAUGGAGAGCAGUAAUGUGGAAGUUUUACAUCACGCUAAACCUGACAAAUAUCAACUCCAUUUACAUGAAAGUUGUGUUCUUUCUCUUAAAUUUGCAUAUUGUGGUAAAUGGUUUGUGAGUACAGGAAAAGAUAAUUUACUCAAUGCCUGGAGAACUCCAUAUGGUGCCAGCAUCUUUCAGUCUAAAGAAUCAUCGUCAGUGUUAAGUUGUGAUAUAUCAGGAGAUGAUAAAUAUAUUGUUACUGGAUCAGGAGAUAAAAAAGCAACAUUAUAUGAAGUUAUAUUUUAAACUGACUAAGUCAUUUCUAAACACAGUAUUAAAGUUGAGAAGUAUCAGUGACCUUUGGCAUACUGAAGACUUGUGGAUGCUAAUUUGGAAUAAGCAGGAGUAACAAACUAUAGUAAUGAAUACUGGAAUUUUUUAGUAAAAUGAUACGAUUUCUAGAAGAUGAUGAUGAAGCAACUGCUUGAGGGACUUAAGGAAAUGAUUACCCUUAAAUGGAUAUACAUAGCAUAGAUGCUGCUAGCCUUAAUGGAUAAGUCGGGACCUACAGAAAAUCAAGAGUAUUUUGUGUCUGAAUGUAACAGAAGUGAAUUUGGUGUAUAUUUAAUAUUGUACAAAAAAGUGCUAAAAUUCUGCACUACAUUAUGGAUGUAAAAUAAGUGAUGUUCUAUGACAGUGUUCAAAUAGACGGUUAGCCAAUAGCCAGUCUGGCUAAAUGUUAUUCCAAGGAUGUGGAACUUGUGAAUGGAUGUAUGUGAAAAUAUCAACAACAAAAAAUUAAUGACUUGCUUAGUAUCUUGAUUCAUGACUAAGUUUUAAUAAAAGAAUAUAUCGAAUCAAUAUGAAGUCUGGAUAAUCAUUCUAUAAAUAUAUUGUGUGACUGGAUUAACCAGGAUUGUAGUAUAAUAUAAAAUAACACAUGUACAGUAUAUGAAGCAUAAUAAUAUGAUAAUUAACAUGUGUAAUAAGUUCAUUCCUAGUUUACGGAAACAUUUGUAACAUGUUCGUUCUUUUUGUCUAAAUGUGAAAAUGAAGACUUUUUAAUGUUGUUCUUCAAAUAGAAGGUGAAAUUAGUCUAUGACCUUGACCAUAUAAGACUAGUUUAUGGAUUGAGUAUUUCCAGAAUGCUUUCUUUCUAACUCAUACUAGUGGGAGUCUAGCUGACUUCAUCAACGUGUACAGUUCUUAUUGUGUUCCAUAUUUACAUUCUUACAUUUUGGCAGGCAUGUAGUCUUGGUCAUUUUUCAGUGGACUUGACAAACUAUGUAUCUAUAAGGCCACUGUUACCUUCUGUAUUUGUUUUUUCUCACUUUAUUUAAUUAUCUUCUGUGUUUAGCACUUUUUAUUGUCCAAUAGAAUAAUACUAGAAGAUCAAUCCCCAAGCGGUUUUGUAAAGGACCAGAUGGUAGAAAGGAUCAUCGCAAAAAUAAGUUGUUAUCCUUGUAAAAAAUGGUUGUUUCUUUUCUCUUUUUCUUACUUUAGUUUUAAUGGAACCUUUCUCAGGUGUAGUAAAUGUGUAUUUUGGAUUCAAAAUAAUCAUUGUAUUAGGGUUUACUCUGGCUAUACCACCAUCCAUAAUAGAUUUGAAAUUUGUGAAUAAUAUAAACCUAUGAGUUUUUAGGCCUACCUUCUAGAGCAACACAUGAGUUCUUCUGUUAUAUUUGUUAACUUGGAUUAAGAUUUCAAGAUAAAAUAUAUUGGUGCUUUGAAUAAACUGUCUAUUAUACAU